AGCGCCUGGAGACUCAGUGUGUGUUCAACAGUGGUGAUGAUAGCCCGUCUCGUCAGUUCGCACACUCACCCCACCAGCAGCAGGUGGAGAGGUUUGAUCAGGAUGCCCCGCAAGCCCAGACUCCCUACACUAGCCGCCUACCUUCUCCUCCUGAGCCUUGGCCUCCUGCUGUAUGUGUCGGCCCGGGGCUCCGAGGACGACCUCGCCGAUGUCCGGGGCGCUGAGGUCGGCAGUCAGGGCGGGACCGGAGAAGAGCACUCCGUUAAGACCCGAAGCAUCAAGUCCAACAAGAGAAGAGGAAGGACCAAAUCACUACCAGCUAAUCCCCAUGAUUUCCACAUGAUGAUUAACAAUGCCAACAUAUGUGGGAGUGAGAGCACGGUGUGGCUGCUGGUGCUGGUGAGCUCGUCAGUGGGCAACUUCCACCGUCGGCGGGCCAUCCGGGACACGUGGGGUGGCGCCAACCCCCUCGCUGCCUCGCACGCCAAGCUGGCCUUCCUCCUGGCCAACCCCCAUGACACCCGCCUCCAGACUCAGGUGGUGGAGGAGUCGAGGACCUACGGCGACAUCCUGCAGGAGGACUUCGUGGACUCGUACAUGAACUUGACCCUCAAGUCUGUGAUGGGACUCAAGUGGGCGUCGACGUACUGCCAGCAGGCGCACUUUGUCAUGAAGACUGACGACGAUAUGUUUAUUAAUAUUCCCAAGCUCAUCACCUACCUCCAGGAAGCUAGAAGGUCCCGAUGGAUCACAGGAUGCAUCAAGCAGAAGAAGGCCUUCAGACCAGCGAACGCCCCCCCUGGGCUCCCGCUGCCCCCAGGACACCCCCCCUUCGUCGCUGGAGCAGGUUACGUCAUGUCUGGAGACGUGGUGCGGGACCUGUAUACCGCCUCCCUCAACACCCGCAUCUUUCCCGUCGAGGACGUGUACGUCACCGCCCAUCUGGCGCGCAGCGUGGGCGUCCACCCGCCCGUCCACGACACCCGCUUCACCUGUGGCGAGAUGGUUAAUGACGACUGUGAUCUCGUGCAGGUGUUCACGGGGCACAGGAUCACCCCGGAGAGGAUGUACCACAUAUGGGACAAGCUCAACCCCAAUGGGAUAACCAGCCCAUGUUUCGACUUCUGAUCGCGUCGCCUCACGCACCGUCUGGCGGAGUGCUUCAUCGAGGAUCGUUUCCCAGGCGUACCUUCACCUCUUGGGGGGGUUCAGUAUCAUCUUCGCCACAAGGGCUACGAUUCGUUAAACAUUUACGCAUCCAUCUGCGAAACCUGUAUAUCUUUCGAUAAUCAUUUUGACUUUGUUUACAUGUAUUAAAAACAGUUUACGAGCUUCGAAACAUGCCAAAGUUGACUAUUACUAUCAACACCCACCAUUUGGUUCGGGAGACAUCUCCCGUCACGCAGGGUGCAGUCGCGCCUCCACAGAUCUCCAGUAUCAUCUAUUGAUACUGGUAAUGGCUCAAAAGGGUCACCACUUACGGGCUAUUCAUGCCCGUGCCAACCUCUUGGGUGGCUUAAUCUUUAUCAAUCUUUGUGAACACCCUCGUGUGUUUCCGAGCUCAUAAGCUUUUCAAUAAAUGUAAACAAAGCCGCUAUGAGUGUUGAAAGAUGUGCAGGCUUUGUAAAUGAUCGUGUAAAUGCGUGAACAAUCGUGGCCCAGGCCUGCAGGUGACCAGUCACAGACUCACGUUAACAACCAAGGGAGACCCAGAAGGGGGGAUGGAGGAGCCUAGCGGCAAACGACACCAAUAAUAAAUACGGGCUCACCAUAGCCCGUGCUACUUGGAACUUUGUUCCGGGUAGCGAGUCUUUAACAACAACGGUACCAAUAUAAUACGAAUUUUCCCCAACGAGAAAUAAUGUAAAUGACCAGUGAAAAGCGCAAAGUCAGAUAGACUAUAUACAUCACUUGAAAGGGAUAUGAGGACGAUGAAAGGAACGAUACCCAACCGCUUGGGCAAUCGGGGAUCGAACCCCCAAACUGCAAGAAGACCGACGAGUCCAGGUACCAAACGAGAAGAAAAUUGUAAUUAUUCUUACGACAAGUAAACACACAAUUAUGUACUAAGUUAGGUGGACUGUAGACGUGAACGUGAAGCUUUCUUGUCAUACACUGUGAUCUGAAGUGCCUUGGCAAGCUUACUUCAUUAACAUAUCUUAUUAACCCGUGUGUGUGUGUGUGUGUGUGUGUGUGUGUGUGUGUGUGUGUGUGUGUGUGUGUGUGUGUAAUACACAUGAUACAAUAGCCCAAUUUUCUGUAUAUAAAGCUGUAGAGCAGGCAUGAAGUGACAAGUGUCUAGUGUUAAACCAGUUCUGACAAGUAAUGGUGUCACCAUGAGACCAGUGCUACAAAUAAUAUUUACCUCAGUGGCUCCCUGACAAGGUUAUAUAUAUAUAUAUAUAUAUAUAUAUAUAUAUACAUACUAAAAUUUACUUUUAAUGUUACAUAGGGUGUGGCAAGCACUGGCGAGCCAGAUGUGAUCAUUUUAUUAGCUUCUGUCAACAUUGUAAAUGCAUGACGUUAGGGCAAGUCAGAUGGGUCAGCAUGAAUGCACGAACACACAAGAAUCGGGAGGAUUUAACAGUUAAAUUUGUGUUCAAUAGCAGUGUUACAUUUUGCGUUUCUGUCUUAUCUGUCUGCUUGUCUCUGUCUUUUUCCCUUUUAGGUCUGGUUUAGACGGGUUCACAGACACACACCUGUCACUGAAGGGUCCAGCGCCUGGGUAUACAACUACAACUUUCCACCCGUCUAUGCCACGCCCCUCCACCCGUCUAAACCACGCCCCCUCCACCCGUCUAAACCACGCCCCCUCCACCCGUCUAAACCACGCCCCCUCCACCCGUCUAUACCACGCCCCCUCCACCCGUCUAAACCACGCCCCCUCCACCCGUCUAAACCACGCCCCCUCCACCCGUCUAUACCACGCCCCCUCCACCCGUCUAUACCACGCCCCUCCACCCGUCUAAACCACGGCCCCUCUACCCGUCUAUACCACGCCCCUCCACCCGUCUAAACCACGGCCCCUCUACCCGUCUAUACCACGCCCCUCCACCCGUCUAAACCACGCCCCCUCCACCCGUCUAUACCACGCCCCCUCCACCCGUCUAUACCACGCCCCCUCCACCCGUCUAAACCACGCCCUUCCACCCGUCUAAACCACGGCCCCUCUACCCGUCUAUACCACGCCCCUCCACCCGUCUAAACCACGGCCCCUCUACCCGUCUAUACCACGCCCCUCCACCCGUCUAUACCACGCCCCUCCACCCGUCUAAACCACGCCCUUCCACCCGUCUAAACCACGGCCCCUCUACCCGUCUAAACCACGCCCCCUCCACCCGUCUAUACCACGCCCCCUCCACCCGUCUAAACCACGCCCCCUCUACCCGUCUAAACCACGCCCCUCCACCCGUCUAAACCACGCCCCCUCCACCCGUCUAAACCACGCCCCUCUACCCGUCUAAACCACGCCCCUCCACCCGUCUAAACCACGCCCCCUCCACCGUCUAUACCACGCCCCCUCCACCCGUCUAAACCACGCCCCCUCCACCCGUCUAAACCACGCCCCCUCCACCCGUCUAUACCACGCCCCCUCCACCCGUCUAAACCACGCCCCUCCACCCGUCUAAACCACGCCCCCUCCACCCGUCUAAACCACGCCCCCUCCACCCGUCUAUACCACGCCCCCUCCACCCGUCUAUACCACGCCCCCUCCACCCGUCUAAACCACGCCUUCCACCCGUCUAAACCACGGCCCCUCUACCCGUCUAUACCACGCCCCUCCACCCGUCUAAACCACGGCCCCUCUACCCGUCUAUACCACGCCCCUCCACCCGUCUAAACCACGCCCCCUCCACCCGUCUAAACCACGCCAUUUCCACCCGUCUAAACCACGCCCACUCCACCCGUCUAAACCACGCCCUCUCCACCCGUCUAUACCACGCCCCUCCACCUGUCUAAACCACGCCCCCUCCACCCGUCUAAACCACGCCCCCUCCACCCGUCUAUACCACGCCCCCUCCCCCUCUCACCAGCUGGCUAGUGCCUCUACCCCACACCACCUGCCAGCCAGCUGACACAACAAUAACAAGCCUGUCUCAUCAACUCUCAAUCACCACUCAACAAUUAACCCAUAAAUGAAUAUUAGUUUAUCAUCAGCCCAACUCUAGUCAGAGAUCAUUCCCACAUUUCAUCAUUGAAAAUCGCCAGUCUUCUGACUAAAAUAACUCUGUGGAUAUCGUUAAGUAAUCUGUGGAUAUCGUUAAGUACUCUGUGGAUAUCGUUAAGUAAUGUCAUUUGUACUUCGUUCAUUAUUUUGUAUUUUCAUAUUGACUACACGUGUGAAUUAUAAUGUGAUUAUAAUAAUAUAUUUUAUGACUGAUA